GAUCGACGCUUGAAUGACACUCCAGUGCCACAAGCAGUCCAAGACACACACGAUUUCUCGGGGGAAUCUGAGCAAAACUGGAACUCGAAACCAAAACCGAUCGAGCGGAACUCACUCGACUCCAGACUGUCUGAGGUGAUUGUGUUUGAGAAGCGAGUACCAGUGGGUGCAGAAAUUACAAAACACGCUCUACACCAUAAAUACAACAAAUAAUCGCAAAGUGAAAGUCAUGUCGUCGGCUCUGUCAAACCUCUUGCAAUCCCUCCGCAUCGUGCCCUUGGGACACGGCAAGCAGGGCUCCAAAGUGAUGGUCGUGCCCAGCGAGAAAGACAGACUGAAGGCGGCCGAAAUCCUGCCGGAGAUCGCCCUGGAGGAGGUGGCACAGCACGACAGCUUCGAUGACUGUUGGGUGGUGAUCUACGACCGGGUUUACGACGUCACCCACUUCCUGAGGGAGCACCCCGGCGGCGAUGACGUUAUCAUGGACCACGCCGGACGCGACGCCACCAUCGCCUUUCAUGGCACCGGACACUCCCGCGAUGCCGUCGAGCAGAUGAAGCACUUUCUGAUCGGGGAGCUGCCGGUGCAGCAACGCAUCUUCCGCACCGGCAAGAACAAGGUCCUGUCCUCGGGCAUUCCGGAAUAAUGUCAGCCGAUCCACUAAUCGAUCGCUUCCGCCGCCGUCCUCUACUGCAUAUAUAUUUCAAAAGUAUUUGUCGAUUUUGUGUCUAGUUUUAAUCAGCAGCUUAUUUCGCACUCAGCAAAUUGCUUUGGCUCACUCAUCAAAUGCUAUUCAGCAAAUCAUCUAUACUACGCUAUCAUGUAUACUACUUUAUAAGACUUGAAACGGAUCUAGAAUUAAAUUAUUAUUUUGUUUUCAUAAUGCUGUUGUGUUCUCAGUGGGCUGGGCUUUGAUUCUACAAAUCGGGAAUUAAUACUUUAUUUGGUAUUGGGUUUCUUAUGACAUUAUGUAAAUGCGCGAAAAAGAAAUGCUUACGACAAAAAUAAAUAUCACUUAACAGAU